GGAAUGGGAAUUGGUUAGCUGUCAUUUUUCAUCAUAUUUAUAUAGUAACAUAAUUUCUGAAGAAAACAACAGAUGUGCAAUCUGGAUCGAAAAGUGUCGUAAGAGUGGAUUACACAAAAAAGUUGUUCUUCGGACAUUAGUAUCGUAAUUGUUAAACAGGACUGAUUGGGCGAAGAAAUUCAAAAGAAUUGGUGAAAUCGAUAUACGUUGUUGGAUUGCAUUUUGAUGACACCUGUCUGAGAUGUCAGCACGCAAUCCAACUACGCUGAUGUCUAUCAGCAACGAAGAAAGUUUUGAUUUCCUGUUCAAAAUCGUUCUGAUAGGGGAUUGCGGGACAGGUAAAACUUGCAUUGUACAACGCUUCAAAUCCGGUAACUUCAUCGAAAGCCAUGGGAAUACCAUUGGAGUUGAUUUUUCAAUGAAAGCAGUUACCGUGGACGGGAAGAAAGUGAAGCUUCAAAUUUGGGAUACAGCCGGACAAGAACGCUUCAGGACUAUAACUCAAAGUUACUAUCGGUCAGCAAAUGGAGUAAUAAUAGUAUACGACAUUACCAAACGAUCAUCCUUCCUCAAUCUGCAGCGAUGGAUCGAUGAAGUUCGUCGUUAUACAGCUUCCAACGUGAUGAUUUUCGUGAUAGGAAACAAGUGUGACUUGGACGCCAUACGAGAGGUGGAGUUUGCCGAAGCGCAAACCAUGUGCCAAUAUAUACCAGAGAUUAUGUUUGUUAUGGAAACAUCUGCCAAGGACAACAGAAACAUAGAAGAUGCCUUUAUGACAUUGGCCACCGAGCUCAAGAGGCGACAUGACAAUAUCACUUCAGAUGAUGAUAUUGAAGGUAUAACAUUGGGACAGAGCAUGUCACUUUCGGUUAGUAACUGUAGUAUGUGUAGUAGGACGUGAACUGGCUAUGGAAUUGGGUAAAAAAUCAUUUUACUAAUGCUGGAGAUGAGCAUCUAACAUUAGUUCCACAGCUAUGUGUAAAUAUAACAUAUAUUUAGGUUGACUCAUA